UGGCAAACUUACUCAGUCACUUUCUAUGAUAUAAACAUCUUUUUUUAAUACCAUAUUAUACUUGGACUGGCCUCGCUUCUUGCGGCGCGUUUGCUGUUGAAGUUAUCAUCGGUAAACUGUUUUGGUUUCAUUAUAUAUCACUGUAAGCGGAUAGAGCACGAACCGUGUUUACCGACAGCGGUUCCAAUCAAAAUUGGCCUAACUUUUUGUUUGUAGUUGGUGAUUCGAGGAGAAAUAUUUCAGGUGUUUGUGGACAAUUACGUGAACUUACCUGCAAUAGGCGUAAGGACGCAUAAGCGAAUAACCAGUGGUGCAUUUUCCUGCUUCUAAAGACAACUCUAGGCUAGCUUUCUACAAAGGCAUCGGAGUGUAUCGUGCGUCUGACAUCAGGAUCGCUCUUAAGAAAGUUUCAGCGUACCUUAAGCAAUAAUAAAACCUAGCCUGGAGUAGAGUUGUGUGUCGGAAACUUUAUCCACUUUCAUUACUAAACCAAAAUGGGCGCUUCGGAAGAAGCUCGUCGACUUGGCCGUAAAAGCGAUUCCCCUGGCCAUCUUGCUGGCUUAAUUAAGUUUCUUCUCGUGCUGGUAAACUGUGUCGUCUUGUUGCUGGAAAUGAUUCUGAUCGCAACAGCAAUAUAUCUAACAUCGGCCGAUAAAACGCUCUUGAUCAGUGGCCUAGGCCAGAAAGUGUACGAAACGUCCUUCGGAGCGAUCAUUGCUGGCGGCAUUCUCAUCAUUCUGUUCACUGUCUUCGGCAUCGUUGGCACUGUUCAUGAAAACCGAUGCUUUCUCAUAGUUUACUUCAGUCUGAUGUUUAUGAUCGUUAUGGGUGAAGUGGGUGCCAUUGCUUUCACUGUGAAUAAAGUCGACUCACUGCGCGAACUCGUCAGGCACAACGUCUUCAAGAGCCUUAAGCUCUACGGAAGCAGUGUAACGAUUACAAACGCAUGGAGUCUCUUUCAAGCAGAGAAUCAGUGCUGCGGUAUGGCUGAUCCUGACAAUGCGUUGCAGCCACCGUGGAAAGCUUACGUACAAUCAAAACAUCUCAAUGGAACAUCGGUUCCUGACUCCUGCUGUGUGAGUCCUGAGCAGCAUGAAGAGUGCCUAAAGGGAGUGACGAAGUCUAUCUUUGAUAAGGAUUGUUUUGAGGUGCUUAAGGAUCUUCUGUCCAAGCAUCAGACAAUAAUACUUGCGGUGGGUCUUUCAAGUCUAUUUAGUACGGUGGUUGCCCUCUUUCUCACCGGAAGCUUCAUUGUACUUCGUUAAUUGCUUGAUACGUGGCUGAUCGGGCUCGUGGAUCUACAGCGUCGUGAGGUGAUUUAGAAGAGUAAGAUGAUUACCAUCGUAGUGAAAUGAACCAAUGUUUUUAUUGAUUCAAUUGAUGACAUCAUAACAAAAGCGAUGCCUAAACUCUAACUGGUGAGAGAAAUUAUAUGUUAUGAUCGUUCCGCGUUGUGCUGUUAUUUUUUUUAUCUUUCUCCUUGUACGGGUCGUUUGAAAAGAACAGGAUUAUUAACAUAAUCAUUAGGAAAAAAAACGCGCAUCUUUGGGCAUAUCGCAAACUUUUGUUUUUAAACCUCUCUUCUACUCUUAAAUACGAGUGGCAUCCUGAGAAGUAUUAUUAAUACUUAAACCUUCCAAAAAAGGACUAUGUCUCUACUUUAGAUGAAGAGUUGCAAUAUAUGCUGGGUAGGCAAACACGACGCUGUACACGCUUGCUAUUUCGUGCAAAAUAAAGAUGUAUUUUCAAUAUUGGA